UAUAACGAAUACACUAAUGAAUCUGCCGAUUCUCGCGAGUCUCUGAAAAUGGGAAAGAGCUUGUGUGAUCGAAUAAUUUUCGAAUUGUUUCAAAGGGCUCAGGCGGCUUCUAAACGACUACAAACAAAGCCAGGACUGACUUCAGAAAUAAAUCCAUACUACAUAAGCCCUAUAUACUUUUGGAAUCAACUACAGCUAGCUGUUGGUUCAGAGGAGGAUGUCCAUAUUCGCAGGGAAGUAAUCGCACUUUAUGUGUAUGCUUUACGUGAUUCAACAGCUUAUCAGUGUCAAUACAUAUCCGGAAGUAAAGGUGAGGGAUUUUUGUUUGAUUGGAGUGAUCUUGAUGUACUGUUAUCUACACCUUUUCCGAAAAUCAGCAUGGAAUCGUUUCAUCCUAAAUGUGAGUUGAUAGCUACGAGAAAUGGUUGCAAACCAGGAUUCUGUAAAUUAACUAGAUUUGGCAUCAAGUGGUAUUGGUCAAGAAUACAAUUUUUACUAUUAAGACAAACUGUGGCUAUUAAUGUAAACUUUGACCAGAGGAAUCAUGGACCCUGUUUUUCAACAAAUUAUCCAGAUGGAUUUGACCGUUGUCAUGCGAUUGUCAUACAUCCAGAUUCAUCAAAUGUAUUCUUGCAAACCUUUGAAACAAAGUUUUGGAAUGAUGUAAAAAUGAAAAUAAUUAACCAAAAUAUACCGGUUAUGCAUUGUGUUCCUAAAGGUCCAGUAAAUGGAGACGAAAAUGGACAUCAAUGGUUGAUUUCAUUUUCUGUUCUUGAGCAAAAAAUUGUCCAUUCAUUAAACCAUGUUCAGUUCUGUUGUUACGGUUUGAUGAAAAUUAUAAUACAUGUAGUUAUUGAUUUAUGUGCUGAAACAGAGGAUACGGUUUCUUCCUACCACUUGAAAACAGUUCUAUUUCAUAUUCUUGAAGAUAUUCAUCCUGAGUUUUGGAUUCCACAAAAUAUAUUCUACUGUCUACGUAUCUGUUUAACUCGACUCUUAUUAUUUGUCAUGAGAGGCUGUUGUCCAAGUUAUUUUACACCUGAAAAUAACCUUUUUUCGAAACCGAGAAUGGUUGAGAAAAGACGCUCAAUACAAGAAAAUAUUCUUGUAGUGCUUCGUUGUGAAAAUGCAUUGAUAAAUUAUUUAAUAAGCUUACAUGUUCCUUUAGAAAUGAUGAGAUUAAACAACGAGCCUCGCAAGCUGCGCACAUUCUAUUCAUUAUGCUUAGCCCUUAUAGUGGUAAAUGGUCACCAGACUACGUAUCGUGAAUGCAUGAAUUCCGUCCUAAAGAUCAUGGUUGCAUUACAAAGUGAAGAAAACCAGCUGAGAAUUGCUAUUCUGAAAUACAUAUGGCUUUUGGUUAUGAGAAGAGUAGGCGUACUUCUGUAUGACAAAUUUGUGCUGACUGGUUUUGAAUCGUAUUUAUUAUCAGCAGAAGUGGCAUUUAUGUUUGGACAACACGCUGAUAUAUUUGGUUCACUCUACUUGGCGACACUUUGGUAUUGUGAAAAAAGGUAUCAGAAAUGCAUUAAAUUGAUAUCUGAGACUGUUAAAAAUCUACCAAUCACUCCCCUAAUUGAAUCUGUCAAUUUUGAAUCUCUGUCAAAAAAAUGUUCAAAAAAAUCUUGUGAUUAUACUAGUUUGUUUGAGAACCAUUUUGUGAAAUUGGCUGUAAAUAUCCAUAAAUCCAGUCAUUUUUAUCCAAAAGAUAUACACGAGCUGGUUGAAAAUGCAAAAGUUUUCCUUAUCACAAUGUAUAAUAAAUCGUAUGCGUAUUUUUUACUAUUCCUUUGUUAUUACAACAUGCACGAAACAUCGGAAUGUGCUUGGAUAUUUUUGGAGUUGUGCCAGUCAUACAAAGAAUUUCCAUUUUUUUUAAUAAAAGACAAAUUGUUCCAACAAAAUACAAAAAAGUUGAUAGAUAUUGCAGCAAUGAAGUUUCAAAACUUCUGCUAGUGUGCAUAUGGAUAUACGACUCUUUUUCCAUUAAAAAUUAAUAGAUCAUUAAAACAUUUGUAUACAAAGGUACAUGGCACAUGUUUCAAUAUAUGAAAUAAUUGUUGCCAAUGACUUUCAUAUUCUUUUUAUAUGUUUCUUGUGUUUCAUGUUUAAAAUUGUUUCAGUCAAGAACCUUUUUAUAAUGAUAAUUUUUAGUGUUUAAUAGACAUGUGUUAUUAAAUGCUUGCAUUGUUGAGACAUUAGAGAGACAUUAACAUAUGUCGCGACAAUAUACGGUUGUUCUGGGGUGCAGUUGUGACCGUGUCCUUUUAGAGAUGACUUUUGGUUUUUAUAUUCGAGUGCAAUGUGCAACAUUUCAAAAUGCAUUAAAUUCAAAAGAUCAUACAUUGAUAAUAAUUUCCUAAUUUACUUUUGCAUAGAAUGACUAAUUUUUAAUGUUACUAGAAAUUAAAGUACAGCAACAAUUCUUUUGCUAAUUUAUCAUUUUUUAUGAAAUGGAAAUAAUUAAUUUCAGGGACCUCGAUUUUAGAAUGUGCUAAUAAGCCUUUAAUGAUUCUCCAUACUGCUAGGUUUUGUAAACAUUCAAUCUAUGCAUGAAUAUAAUUCAAAUUUUGAGAUUCUGUGAUUUAGUCUUCAUUAUAAGUAAGGAUUUCGAAAAACGUAUAUCCUAAAGAAAUAAAUGUUGUAUACGUAGAAAUAAAACCAUCUCAAUUUCAAAAUAAAAGAACAUGUACAAUAUAUUUUAGAAAGAGUAAAUGAAAUAUGUGUAAUAUGUGCAAAAACAAUGCCUUUCAUAGUUCAACACUAUAAUUUUAUUCUGCAGUAAAAAUGAUUUACAGCAUUUAUAAAGGAAAUAUUUUCAUUUAACAAAAACUAAAAAGUAUAUGAAAUUCAACAUCAAACGCAGCAGCUGAUGUUUUGAUGCUGAAAAGCUAUAUGCUAACUAUGUACAAGAAGUAACGUGAGAACGACGUCUACUCUUGCGAAUCCGCUAAUGGAAGGAAACUGUUAGCUUUAUAAAUAAUCCGCUAUUGGUAGGAGAUUGUUUACUUU